AUGAGCGCCGCUGCCGGACGCGCUUCCGCCGCCGCGCUCGUGGUCGCCGACGGGGCGACGGUCGCCGUGCGCAGCGCCGUGCGCGCCGCGCAGGCCUGCGCUUCGUCUUCCGCAGUCGACGUAUUACUUCUCGGGCGGUCGUCCUCAGCCGACGCCAAUGCGGCGGCUGCAUGGGAGGGCGUGUCGUCCGUGAUCGUUGGCGGCGCGGACCAGCCGCUGACGGCGGAGUACGCGGCGCCGAUCGUGCAGGCGCAGCUGGGGAGUGGCGCGUACCGGCACGUCGUGGCGGCAUCGACGACGUUCGGCAAGAACGUGCUGCCGCGCGUGGCCGGAGUGCUAGGCGUGUCCACGGUGUCGGACGUCAUCGAGGUGAAGGAGGACGGGGGGGGCGAGGUGUUUGUGCGCCCGAUUUACGCGGGGAACGCGCUGGCGACGGUGCGGUCAAAGGAGAGCACGAUCCUGCUCACGGUGCGCCCUACGGCUUUCGAGCCCGUCGCGGAGCGCUCCGAGGGGCUGGCGGAGGUUUCGAGCCUGGCGGCACCGGAGGAGGCGGGGGGUGGGCAGUCAAGGUGGGUCGGAGAGGACCGCACCGAGAGCAGCCGCCCGGACUUGACCGCGGCUGGGGUGGUGGUGGCUGGUGGCAGGGGGCUGAAGAGCGGGGACAAUUUUAAGCUGCUGGAGGAGAUUGCGGAUGAGCUGGGCGGCGCUGUUGGGGCAACGCGCGCCGCAGUGGAUCUGGGGUGGGUGGCUAACGAUAUGCAAGUGGGGCAGACGGGGAAGGUCGUCGCGCCGGAGCUGUACAUUGGAGUUGGGAUCUCAGGUGCGAUUCAGCAUCUGGCUGGCAUGAAGGACUCCAAGGUCAUCGUCGCUAUUAAUAAGGACGAGGAGGCGCCAAUCUUUCAGGUGGCGGAUUAUGGGUUGGUUGCAGAUUUGUUUGACGCCGUGCCGCAGUUGCAAGAAAAGUUGAAGGCGUUGCCAAAAAAGCAAUAG